GGUGAACAAUCAGUGUCUUCACCCAAAUCGCGCAUCUACGAAAAUGAAACGGCUGGAGGGACUGUCAGCAAGAUGCUGCUUGCCAGCAAAUGGCGAAAGUCAAACUACAGUUCAGUAUUAAGUGCUGAUGUGCUGGAAGUAAAAAGCGGUAUGAAAUCUGUUGGCACAGCCAUGCAAAUUUGUUCCACUCUAUUAAGCGUAUUAGAGAUGUCAGUGGGAAUUAUAGUAAAAAGAAGUCAUGAAUAUUACGAAUGCGAACCGGAUUCUGUGGAUCGAAACCAGGUGAGACGCCUUCCCCUUUCAGGUGGUACUUCAGCUCGUUCGUUUCUCGGCGUACGAGUUUUCCAUCCUUGUCCUGUGGAUCCACGUAUAGCGGCAAUGUCACAUCACCACUCUUUAAAUAAAGUGCCGUGA